GCGGGUGCAGUGACCACUUUAUGCAAGCUGGCCAACGACACCGAAGAUUCCUCGACUUUGGAGAUUCUGCUGGAAUUGGUCCGGCUGGCUCCGGAACCCAUGCUGCCCGACAUCAUCGAGCAAGGCGCUGUGGAAGCUUGUGUCAAGGUCCUGGAGAACAGCGGUGCAAGUCCUAUGGACCAGCUGUCUGC